CAUCAAUCAAUCGGUAACAACCAACCCUCAUCGCCUCCUCAUUUUCCAGCUAGGUGAAACAUCCGAUCGGAUCCAGCGCACAACACGACACGACACAACACAACACCACACAACAAACACAGCCAUGAAGUUCUCAGCAUCGACCGUUCUCGCCCUCGCCGCAAUCGCUACCACCGGCACCACCGCCUUUGCUCCCCUCUCGAGACCGGCCAAGUCCGUCGUCGCCAGCAACAACCAAUACUCGAAUAAUGCGCUGUUUCAACGACCGGCAACCUUUCUGAAAUCCACCGCCACGGAAGACGCCGAAACCUUCGAGUACGUCGUGCUUUGCAAGCGAUUGCUAUUUUGAUCCUCGGUCGGGGUUGUCGUCGUUUCUUGAGACGACGGGCAUAUUGUAUGCAUAUCCUCUUACUUUUUUCUUUCGACGUUUCGUUUUCUUUGCCGCUGUGGUUGUUCUGUCCACUUACUCCCCAACCAAAUUGAUUCGAUUGCACGGURUGAAACCAAUUCAAUCAACGAAUCAUCGAUCACGAAAUCCUUUGAAAUAAACAACAACCAACUAAAAAAAUACAGAUUCACGAGCGAUGUCGGACGGGUUAUGGAUCUGAUCAUCAAUUCGUUGUAUUCCGAUCGCGAUAUUUUCCUACGGGAACUGAUUUCCAACGCAGCCGAUGCCUGCGACAAGAAGCGGUUCCUGUCGAUCACGGAAGACUCCGAGGAGGCCCCUCCGUCGAUCAAAAUCAAGUGCGACGAGAGCGCCAACACCGUCACCAUCGAGGAUUCCGGAGUGGGCAUGACAAAGGACGAAAUCAUCAACAACCUCGGAAAGAUCGCMCAGUCCGGAACACGGGCCUUUGUCCAGGCCCUCGGGGAUGGMAACGCCGACGUCAACCUGAUCGGGCAGUUCGGUGUCGGUUUCUAUUCCGCCUAUCUGGUGGCCGACAAGGUCACGGUAGUCACCAAGUCCAUGCAGGACAGCAGCAAGGCCUACAAGUGGGAAUCCGAGGCCGAUUCCAACUACUCGAUCGCUUCCGCCAGCCCCGAYGAGAUCGAGGGUUCCUCGGGAACCAAGCUCAUUCUGCAGCUCAAGGAGGACGCCUCGGCCUACCUCGAGGCGUCAAAGAUGGAAGAAUUGCUGAACCGUUAUUCCGAAUUCAUCGAGUUCCCCAUUUCCGUAUGGAAGGAAAAGACGGAAUACAAGCAGGUCCCCGACGAGGAGGCCAACAAGGACCUUGCCGAGGGCGAGGAACCCAAAAUGAAAACCGUCCCCGAAACCAUCGAGGGAUACGAAACUGUCAACAACCAAAAGCCGGUCUGGCUCCGAUCCCCACGGGACGUMACGGAGGAGGAAUACAAGGAGUUCUACAAGACCGCCUUCAAGUCCAGCUACGACGAUCCCAUGAAGUCUACCCACUUUGUCCUGGAGGGUCAGGUAGAGUGCAAGGCCAUCCUCUACGUCCCCGGCAUGCUCCCUUUUGAACUUUCCAAGGACAUGUUCGACGAAAACGCCCGCAACAUCCGACUCUACGUGAAGCGCGUCUUCAUCAACGACCAGUUCCAGGAUYUGAUGCCCCGCUGGCUYAAGUUCAUCAAGGGAGUGGUCGAUUCCGACGACCUCCCGCUCAACGUGAGCCGUGAGAUUUUGCAAAAGUCCAAGGUCCUCUCCAUCAUCAACAAGCGUCUCGUCCGCAAGUCCCUUGAUAUGAUCCGGGACAUUUCCGAGGAUGASACCGACGAGGGUGCCAAUUACAUCGUAAGUACGAUCAUUCGUUCGGUGCAAACAUCCAUCGCAGCGCGCUUUGUGUGUGUUCUUUGGACAUUUUGUUGUUCGUAUCGAUUGGACCAUCAACCGUUAUUUUCCACUGCAGUUCUCCUCACCCAAACCAUCUUUUUUUAAUUUUCACCGACCAAUURUCUGUUCGCAGAUGUUCUGGAACAACUUCGGAAAAUACCUGAAGGUAGGAAUCAUCGAGGACGACAAGAACCGAAACGAAAUUGCGGAAUACCUCAGAUUCUUCAGUGCCUCCUCCGGUGAGGAAUACACCAGCCUCAAGGACUACGUUGCCAAAAUGCCCGAGAACCAGAAAGCUAUCUAUUAUGUAACCGGAGAGGGCAAGGAGCGAGCCGCAAUGUCGCCCGUUGCCGAAAAACUCAAGGGCAAGGGCUUCGAUGUUCUCUACGCCACCGAACCGCUCGACGAGAUCAUGUUCGAAUCGUUGACAAAAUUCGGAGACUACGACAUCAAGGACGCCGGAAAGGACACCCUCAAACUCGACGACGACGACGAAGAAGCCACCAAGAAGAAGGAAGAGCUCAACCGCGAAAACGUUGACGUUAUUAACUACCUCGAGACCAUCCUGAACGACGAAGUCGAGAAGGUAUCCGUUUCCGAUUUGCUCACUGAUUCGCCCGCUGCCUUGGUGCAGGGAGCCUACGGAAUGAGCCCCAGCAUGCAGCGCUACAUGAAGGCCCAAACCGUUGCGAGUGGCCAGGAACUAAGUGGCAUGGAUAGUAUGAAUAAGGUUUGCAUGGAAAUCAACCCUAACCACCCUAUUGUCAAGGAUCUUGCCCGAAUGGUGAAGGAAGACAAGGUGGCACAAGAAACCGAAGACUUUGCACGACUCAUAUACGACGUGGCAGGAAUGACCUCGGGAUACGACAUCGAAGACAUGGCUGGCUUUGCCAAGAGAGUCAUGGGAUUGAUGAAUACGCAAGCUUCCGCCGAUGGAACCGCGGAUGCAGAGGUAGAGGCCGAAGAGAAGCCUGCCGAAGAAAAGAAGGACGACGAUGACGAAGAGGAGGCAGUGGUUCCCGAGGUCCUGUAGAGUAGAUACCGUGCCACUGAUUGUUGAACGGACUUUUUUGAUGAUAAAUUAGAUUCUAGGGA